AUGGAUGAAGACAACCAUUCCUUGGCAUUUGAUCCAGAGUCUCGUGUCAAGCUUAUUUUCCUCGCACCUAGAAGUUCCACGCAAGAUAUUCUGCAAUAUCUCUUGAAGAAAAUUCCUCGGGAGCUAGGAAGCAUCAGUCCACAUAAACACAGCGCCUUCAUAACCUCAGGAGCGGACGAGAAUAAAGUGGAGAUGGUUGUCAAUGGGAGUGUGGAAGUGCUUCGGAGCGCAAUCAAUGAGCUGAAAUUGGUACAUCCGUUUGAGGAAGUGGGUUAUGAAGUAUAUCGCUUGGAAUGUGCCUCUUAGCCGUAAUACAAGAUUUACCUAGCUCAAAGUCAGGUCCGAGUUAAUUCCCCCUGAUCCUUCAUAUGUGUGACGCAGACCAUGAGAUGACGAUGUAAGCCAUAACACUCCAACAGUCUGCAAGUACUAACGUCUUUGAACAACGGUUCGCCAAGGAGGUGAUGAAUCGGGGGUGCUCAUCAUCUGGUUUGCGGGAGCGACGCCAGGGUGUCCCUUUUGUCCAUGAAGAAGAGGUGAAUAAGGCCCAGAUUCUUCACUGUGGCUUGGAGGUAGGCACGGUCAAAGCCUCACAACGGUGA